AUGAAUAAUGAUGAUUAUUUAUCUGACUUUAUCAAUAAUAAAAAAAAAUAUAGAUAUAAUUUUUUGGAUGAAACAGAUGGUGUAAAAGAGGAUAAUUCUUCAAGCAGUUUGGAUGGUAAUAAAAAAAAAAAAAAGAAAAAAAAAAAAAAAAAUUCUGAACAAAUCGAGAAGAAUAAAGAAGUCAGAAGUUUUGAAAAACCGGACCUAAUCAAAACUUUUGAAGAUAAGGAUGUUGGAAAAUGUAAGGAUGAUACAACAAAGGAUAAUUCUAAAAAUUUAAAAUGUCAAAUAUGCAACCAAGGUUUUGAUUCAAGAAAUAAAUUAUUUGAGCAUAUAAAAGCGGAGGGUCAUAUGGCUAAUAAAGUUAUUGUGCCACCCUCUAAAGCAAAAAAAAAAAAUAAAAAAAAAUAA